CGGUUCGAUCGCCAGCCAACAACCAACCAACCAAACCAGAGAUAUUCCGUGAGCGUGAGUUUUGGGGUGGUGGACACUACUGUGUGUGGGUUCCGAGCCGUCAGUACUGCUGCUGCUGGCAAACACUCUCGGCUCUCGCUGUCCUCAGCCAAAGACGAAGACCAAAAUCUGGAACCAGAGCACACACCAAGAAUACAACAUCCCUGGAUCUUCUCUCUUCUUUCUGGUUAUCUCUUCGUGGACAUCAUCAUCAUCGUCUGCGCGAAUCUCGUCGAUUUCCUUUGCACCUUUGAUCGUGACUGACUGGGCCCCGGAACGGAACGGAACCAAAUCUCGAACACGAACCACCGACCUGCAAAAAACAUAACGUAUCGCCAUUCCACGGAAUCUGCCGUCGAUCGACCUGGCUGCUGGGUUGACUCAUCAUGAUCCUAGUAUGCAGCAUCUGUGGAGCAUCGCAUUACACCCAAAAUUGUCCAGAAUAUGCCAAGGGAGAUCAUAUUGAAGAUAAGCCCUCGCUUAACCUCUCAAGGUCAUCGGUUCCCAAUGGGCUGCUGAUAAUGGACGCGGCCGACGGAAGCAGCUGCGUCGUGACGUCACAGAAGUUCGCCAAAGGAACACGAUUUGGACCGCUGUUGGCGCAGAAGUCCUACGCACCGAUCAAGAACCUCCCCUUUCCGUUGGUGCUGUUCUCCACGCCGUACUACUAUGGGGGCGAUCUGGACUACGAUCUGCAAACCCUGUUCAACGGACGGAAUGUGUAUCUGGACACGCGGAACAGCACCAAGUGCAACUGGAUGAUCCAUGUCAGCUUGGCGAGGUUUUCCAACGAGCAGAACCUGAUUUGCUACCAGGAAAACGAUGAAAUCUACUACACAGCCAUCAAGGACAUCGAACUGGGCGACAUUCUGCGGGUUUGGUACUCCCGCAGCUAUGCAGCGAAAAUCGGCGCCACCCUGCUGGAACCCAGUCCGUACGACAUCUGCAACAACAUCCUGCGGUCGGUCAGCCUCGACUACGGGCUCAAUUUGGAUCAGAAUCAAAACUACGUCGACGUAGGGUUCCCAUCGACAUCGGCUUCCGCCACGUGCUCCAGUUCCACUCAAUCGAGCAUGAUGAUUGGUGGAGGAAGCGACGUGAAUAACAAUACAAAUCACCUUACCAGUGGCGGGAAUGAGAUGGUAACUUCUGGUGAUUUGAGUUACGAUAAGAUAUCCUUGCCGCCGAUCGACAGUUUGAUGAAAACCGGAUCACCAAAGUAUCAGUCCGGUCAUUAUCACAUGUUCGAAUUCGACCUGCUUUCAUCGGGACAUGGAACCAUGCAGCAGCACCACCAGCAGGCCUGUGACGAUUUCGGUCACUUCAACGCACCUCCGGCGGCGACCAUCACUCAGCAAAUGCACCACUCUAGUCAGCACCACGUUGCACCGGAACUGGCCCAACAGCACCAACCGAUGGCACACCAUCAGCCCCCACCGCAGCAGCAACAGAUGGUUCAGCACAACCCAUAUGGAAGCUAUCAGGCGCUUCCGGAUGAUACGCUCACCCCGGCGGAUCUGAUAAACAUUUCGCUAGGGGCCAGCGACAUGAACAUCACCUUCGACUCGUUCGAGACGAGUAACCUGCUCGGUUACGACGGGGGCAGCAGCAGCGGCAGCAAUCUGGGCGAUUCCGGAAUCGGCAGUGUGGGUUUCUGUGGCGCGGGGCAAGGCAUGGAUGGGAAGCUUCAUAGUCGGUACUCGUCUUCCACGGACUCGUUGGCCACGCUGAAUGACUCGCUGGGUAUGGUUCCCCCUCAGCCGACGGCCACACCUAACCCCGGAUUGACCACGGCGGCGGAUCCUGACGCCGACAAGAAGUAUCCGUGCGAGAUCUGCUUGCGCAAGUACAUGACCAAGUCCAACCUGGACAAGCACAUGCGGAAGCACAAUCUGUUUCUGUGCGUGUUCUGUAUGAAGCUCUUCCAGUUGGCGGAGGAACUGAAGGAUCACGAGUGUACCGAGCGCAAAUCGAAAACGGCGUAUCUCCAUUGUCCAAAGUGUUUGAAGGUUCUCUCGAACUCGUGGUCGCUCCAGCGCCACAUGAAAAUUCACAAGGACCCAAACGAGAGUGUCCUGAUGAGCAGCAUGGAGGAAUCCUCCGACAAGCUUCUGAUGGAACCCAAGGAGGAGACGGUUUUUGGAGACGAGAUUGAGCCUACUGCUUUGGAUGGGUUAAAAGCGAGCAUGGAUCCGUUGGAGGGUGGCAGCGGAGAUGGAAUGAUGAUGGUGGAUGAAGUGUCGGAUAUGAUGCCGGAACCGGAUGCAAUCCGGGACCAGGAUAUGGAACUGGAACCGGAGUUUGAAUCAAUUCCGCAGCCAACCGUUGUGGCGGUGCCCAGCUUGACAACGAUGCCGAUUACGAAUACCAGUUCCAGUCAGGACAUGAUCACGGAUGUUCAGGCCCCCAAUGGCAAACAGCUGUACAAGUGCAUUGUGUGCGCCAAGCUGUUCAAGAACCCAAAUGCCUUGGAGAAGCAUUUGAGGAAGGUUCACACCGUUUAUACCGUUUCGAAUGACUACAAAACCGAGAAGAAAGUUAUGACGCAAAUCAAUCAGAAGAAGACUUCCCCCAUUAAACCGGCAAUCGCCAAGGCACUGGCCACUAAGUUGACCCAGAAGAGCAAGAAAAUGGAGGCCGCGGCAGCUAAUGGAGGGGAGCCAACAACGGCCACUCCCAGUGUUAUAGUCACGCCGGAACAACCCGUUCAUGUGCCACGACAAUACAACAAGAAGAAACAUCUGAAUAAGAUGACCAUGUCUCCAAAUGCGUCCAGUGGUAUGCAAGUGGCCGUUCCUUCCGGAGCACCGGCCAUCAUCACCAACAACAGUCCGGGGUCAACCACCGGAACUACCCCCAACAAGUCUCAUAGCAUCAUCAUCAUAUCCAACCUCGAGUUGACCAACAAUAACCUGAUCGAUACUAGUCAACUAUUUCUUAACCAAAACACCAACGCUCUAGGCAAUAAGAUAGAUCUUAAAGUAUUAAACUCAACCGACAAGUUACCAAAGCUCGUGCCCAUCUCGAAUCACCACCAGCAGCAACAACAGCCCGCAUCGACGAUUCUUCCCACAUCCGGCAAUACGAUUCCUUCGCUUCAUCAUCCGACCACCGCCAAUCUGGAUGGGCUCAACACCAUCAUCGAAGAGCCCAACCACAUGAUGGCGGCCGAACCUACAGGCGAAGCACAACUCCUUACGCUGUCCCCGAUCAAAAUCGGCAACGGCAGCGUGGAGUCGCAACAGCUCAUCCCCGAUCGGACACCGGACUCCGUCAACAACGGUUUCCUAAGCGCGGAGGAACUAUCCGUGGACGCUAACGAUGCCAACAGCGCCACCAAUAGCAGUGGUGGCCCGCAGUGCUUUGAUGGCGAUAGCGAUAACAGCUCGCAGCAACUAACCCCGAUUGGCAGCGGAGGAGGCGGCAACAGCAGCUCCAGCUACCCGUGUGAGGAGUGCGAUAGGGUUUUCCCGAAGAACUAUCAGCUGAAGCGCCACAUGGAGAUCCACGACAGUACGUACUACAUGUGUCCCUACUGCGACCGGUCACCGCUGAAGGCGAAAACUUCGGUCCGGAAACAUCUGAAUACGGUCCACCCGGAGCGGGCACCUCCGAAGGAGGAAAUGAACAAGUUCAUCAGCACCCUAGUGGUCAAAGAUGAGAAGAUUCUACAAGAGCUGUUCGUUAAAAACGAGCGCAAAAUCAGGAACAAGUGCGCCAAACAGCAGGCCAAGCAGCUGUUGAAACAACAGCAAGCGCUACAGCUGCAGCAGCAGAAGCAACAGCAGCGGUUGAUGGAGAACAGUGUUGGCGUAUUGGAGCAUCAGCAACAGUCAAAUGGUUCGGUAAGUCACGUGGUUCAUGAGGUGGCGCACCCAGAGGAGAUGCUGACUGCCUACCAAGGCACUCAGCAGAGUCAGACUACGGUAGGUGGCGAGGAGCAGAAUGGGUACCACGGUGUCGAGCAGAUUGCUCGUCAGGAUGAGCAACGGCUUAACGGUGAGGAUGAAAGCACCCUCAAGAGAAGGUCCGAGGAACAGCAGGUAAACCAGGCAGGUCAUGGGGGUGGUCGUAGUUUAGGGGAGGAGAAUAAGAAAAUCAAACUCGUAGAGGGCGCUAGUGUGGGGUCGGAGUUGCGGUAUAUUGCCGCGGCUACCGUCAGUGGCAACGGGGCACUGAAGUACCUGCGUAAGAGAUCACUCGGUGUGGGUGAGGGCAGUAGUAGUACCAGUAGUAGUCAGUCAAUGCCACCCCCGCCCCCAGGGACAAGUACCAGCAGCGGUGCCCCAACCACGAUCGACAGUCAGAUCAUGCUGGACAAUCUGUUCGACAACAUCUCGAUCGAGAACUACGAGUUCGAUGACAAUAGCUCGAUCCAGCCGUACAACUUGAUCGACGAGCGGUUCAAGACGUCGUUCGAUCAGAUCCAGGAGAAAUUGGACGCCGAGCUGUCCUUCGACGAGGAACAGCUCAAGUGGCAAAACAAUCUGAUGGCGAACGAUUCGUCCAACGAGAUUGGCGACAAGCUGCUGAAUGUCGAGGAGAACAUUAUGUUAAUAUAGGGAAGAGAUGCAGGCAGAGACUGAUGCAUGGUUAGAAGUUCUGGCUGCUCUAAUUUUUAAUCGACGUCAAUUAUGGUAAACAUCGUCCUCCCAAAGUUUGGAAUGAUUUAGAAAAAAAAAAUUGGCUGUGCACAUGCCAUUUGAAGUUUAUAUG